GGGGGCUGAGCUGAUCCCACGUGUGACGCUUUCAUUCCCGGCUCAGUAAUAUUCUCAUAGCGGGGCUUUGCAUAUCUCCUGCCGUAUCUGUGUGUGUCUGUCACUGUUACUGUAGUCCCAGCCUAUAGUUUGGAAUAGAUAUGGAAGGAGACGGGAGUCAAGCCACAUCCGGAAGCCUAAAUGAUUCACAACAUGACCCGGGUAAAAUGUUUAUCGGUGGCCUCAGCUGGCAGACCUCACCAGACAGCCUUAGAGACUAUUUUAGUAAAUUCGGAGAAAUAAGAGAAUGUAUGGUGAUGAGAGACCCCACGACAAAACGCUCCAGAGGAUUUGGGUUUGUUACGUUUACAGAUGCUGCCAGCGUAGAUAAAGUCUUAGCUCAACAACACCAUGAAUUAGACUCAAAGACGAUUGAUCCUAAGGUUGCCUUUCCCCGUCGCGCCCAGCCUAAGAUGGUCACAAGAACAAAGAAAAUAUUUGUGGGUGGCUUGUCAGCCAAUACAGUAGUGGAAGAUGUGAAGCAGUAUUUUGAACAGUUUGGGAAGGUUGAUGAUGCCAUGCUUAUGUUUGAUAAGACUACUAACAGACAUAGAGGAUUUGGUUUCAUAACUUUUGAGAGUGAAGACAUCGUAGAGAAAGUCUGUGAAAUUCAUUUUCAUGAAAUCAAUAACAAAAUGGUAGAAUGUAAGAAGGCCCAGCCCAAGGAGGUGAUGUUCCCACCAGGUACACGAGGGCGAGCCAGGGGUCUGCCCUACACCAUGGAUGCCUUCAUGCUGGGAAUGGGCAUGCUGAGUUACCCUAAUAUUGUGGCAACGUACGGCCGCGGAUACACUGGAUUCGCACCAAGCUACAGCUACCAGUUCCCUGGCUUCCCAGCGACAGCAUACGGACCGGUGGCGGCGGCGGCGGUAGCAGCAGCGCGUGGCUCAGGUAGGGGGGCCCGUGGAAGAGGCGGCUACUUGGCGUACCCACAGAGCACAGGGCCAGGCCUCCCCGAUUAUGGGUUUUACUCUGCGCCCAGUGACCAGAGGGGGGGGCCCUGCUCCUUUGCUGACUAUGGCUCCCUGGGGCCCCAAGCGGCUCAGAUGCUGCACAGUGAGCAUGCCACCUCCGCCUGCAACUCCCCCCUCCAGCACCUACACAGCCCGGAUCAGUUUAAGAACCCAGGCACCAACCCGUCAAGGCCCGGAGGUUUUCCUGGUGCUAACAGUCCAGGGCCUGUGGCCGACCUGUACGGACCUAGCAGCCAGGAUUCAGCUGUGGGCAACUACAUCAGUGCUGCUAGCCCUCAGCCUGGCUCUGGGUUUGGCCCCAGCAUCACAGGCCCGUUGAUUGCAACAGCUUUUACAAAUGGAUACCAUUGAACAGGUGGCCGGUUGCCAUCUCAUCAGAGCAGAGUAUAUCUGGUGGCCCAGGAAAGACAGGACGAAGUUUCUAAUUGGCUUUGUGUGCAGGUGAUGCUAAUCCAACUUCAAGCACUACAGUGUCACCCAGGCAAAAAGAACGAAAGUCGGAACAAAUGAAGAAGAAAAGAAAACGUUAGUCAUCUCAGAAAAAUAACAACUGCUGUACUAUAAUCCAAACCUCCUAUAACUUUACAACCUGGUUUGGUAUGAUGUUUCACGUCAAUCUCAUCCACCUAUCUCCUUCCUCUGUUAGCUUUUCUUUUGAUUAGUUUUUAGAAAGUCUCUUUAGUUUGACCUUGAUUUUGUGUCAUUUUAUUUUAUCUUCUUCUAGUAUAUUUGUGUAAAUGGAUUUUGUUUGAAGUGCGGGGGUCAUAGCCAAGAAUAUCUGCAAGUCACGUCUUCAUCUUCGUAUGGGUUAGUGUAAAGGAAAAACGGUGGGAUGUUCCAUUCAGUCUUUCCGCAAAAAAAGAAGCUCGGAGAAAAAAAAAAUUAAAUUUUAAGGAAAAUUUUAAGAAGGUAUCUAAGUAAUAAAUCUUAGUAGCUGUUUUAUUUCUUGUGAUGUCUCAUUGUUAACCAUAAUUACCUAUUUUUGGGCAAUACAAAGAGGACUCCAAUAUUUUUAUGGUCCUUUUUUAUAAGUGUUGUUUUUGUUGUUUAGAAAUAUAUAUAUAUGCUAUAACAAAUUUCAUAUAACUACAUUGUGAAUUCAAACUUGAGAAAAAGAAAUGUAGCUGUACAUAUUAUUCCAGUCACUGCAUAUAACCAACUCAGUGAGAGAAUAGCAUAUUUUUGUGAUGGUGUGUCAAAAGAAACAUGUUAUAGCGUGUGAAUAGAAGAAAAAGCUGUAAACAGUUAUUAUUAUAACGACCCCAGAGACAAACAGAACACACUUGCUCUGUAAAUACUGAAGCUGAAUAAUUUUACAAGUGUCAUACCAGCAAAUUUACAAACGGUGAGUUAAGUCAACACAGUUUUAAGAGAUAAGAAGAGAAGAGCCUGAUCGGUAUCUUUUGUCUAACUGUUCAGAAAUCAGCAUCAUUUCAAAGAGAGAGAGAAAAACAGACAAUUUAAUCCAAAGCACACUGUACUUCGAUGUGAUGAUUAGAACUUGAACCAGGCAUUUUCCAGUGCUCUGUGCAUCCUGACACUUUUAUACUCCUGAGAGGAACUUGUUAGAUGUAUGUUAUUGUUUGUUUCAUCCUGCUUGUUCCUGAUUAAUUUUUUGGAACACAAUAUCUGGGCUCUGUGCGAGAGCCGCUCUGUAAUGCUUGUUCUCUGAAUCAUUUCUUUUUGAAUGAAUUAGGAAAGUAAACAUUUUGAUACCAUACCUCAGCCUUUGUGAGUUCUAUUGUGGAAUCAUUGGCAGGUUUAAUUUAUUCUCUAGUGGCAAAACAAAUGAAAACACUGAAAGGUAAAAGGCGAGUAAUCAUUGCACUGUGAGUAGUAAAGUACAGGCCAUUUUCCUAUUUGCACAUGUAUAUGUUGGCUUUUUAAAAACGGCCCUGUGCUUUGGGACAGUAUGAAGGAUUUCUGGGUUUGUGUGUUCUUGACGCGACAAACACGUCAAAGUUUAGUGGUGAGUUAACAGCUUGGGAAGUAGUAACUGAUAUGUUGGGUUUCUUUCUAUAUUAGACCCACGCCUCAUCGAGAGAUAUUUACACAGGGUCAAAUCAUGACACUGAAUUAUUCACUCUCUGUCACUGCACCAGAUUUUACACAGUAUGUGUGGUUAAUGGUUUUACUCAUGACAAACAUUCAAUAAUAAUAUGCUCCAGAGUGCAGUCCAGUUUUUAAUGUCAUUGAUGGAAUGAAUGGUGUGUAUUCUGAAAUACUUUACCUGCUGCAGAUGUGUUUGUUGUUUUCAUUUUACUCACUUCCUGUCUCAUUUCUUUUGUUUCAAAACAACCAGGUAAAGAAAUAUGCUGGAAACUUCUAAAGUAAAUGAUGUGGAGGUGUUGAUCAAGUAAUAAUAUAAAGAGUAAAGAGAAAAAAAAACCCUUGUAAUGUUCAAAUGUAAAAGAAAAUAAGAAAUACAAAACUAUAUAAAAAAAAAGAAAGAUGCUUCUUUGCUGAUUUCAAGUUUAAUCAGAGUUUUAUUGAUACUUUGUGGUUUAUAUAUUAAUAAUUGUAAUAUACUAUUAAAAUGUACUGUGCAUCCAUUGCUUUCUCUCUUUCCAUUCCCCAUCCUCAGAGAUCUACUAUCUUUUGUUGAUCAUUCAUGUAUUUCAUUAGUGUGUAAAGAAAUCACAGUUAACUUGUAAACAGAGUGCUGUCUUUGAUACCAGUGUAGUGCUCUUUGUUGUUCUCCCUGCUCUACCUCUCCUUUCUCUCAUAUUUAUCCCUCUCCCUCUCGCGCUCUUUUCUAUCUCCUGUAAUUACAAAGUAGAUGUUAUAUAGGACUCAUUAAUAUAAUACUUGUAGUGAAUAGUGGAUUUAGGACCAGUCGAGAUAGACCUUUCUCUAAAUGAUCAUGUUAUUCUGAUAUUUGCCGACAGUUAUUUUGAUAGAGGUUCAUUGUAAUUUAUUCCCUGUAUGUUUUAUUUUUGGUUUUGGUUUUGCCACUCUCACAUGGUUUCAGCUAACCAAAGCUCUCAUGGAUGAACAAUAGAGAAACAGUUGCUGUAAGAUGGAAUUGUACACAAGGCAUUAUUUGGAUCCCCACCCUUGAAUGUUUUAAAAGGGGUGUGCCAUACUACCUUAAAUGCUAACGCUAGAUAUGCAAAACUUUUAUUUUUGAUUCUUUUUUAAGAGGGACACAAGCUAUAAUCAUGGAAAAAACAUUUUAUGUAAAAAAUAUUUCAUAUUUUUUUAAGAAACAUAUGAUUACCACAGUAGUCCUGAUAUCAGUCAUAGUGCUGUUUAAAUUACCUGUUAUAUCUUUUAAUGUUUGUACACUUUGGAAUUUCUCUCAAAACCUUUAUUAACUAUUCUAAUUGUUUUAAUCUCAGAUUCUGGGAGCUCCUUUUUGUUAGAAUCCGUCAUCAAUGUUGUUCACACAUAUGGAUUCUAUAGAGGCAUUACUGUAGAAAUGAAAGAGAUCCACUGCAGGAGUGUGUAUCAAGUUAAAUUGAUGUCCUGACUCUGGACCAGCAUCUGAAGCUGUGAUUAUUUAAAAGAUUCAGACUUGAAUAUUAUCACUCCAGGUUUCUGUCCAUAACUCAGACCUGUUGGAUUUACACACGCUGCUGUGUUUCAAGCAAAAACAAACCAAUUGUAAAGACAGUUUAGUUUGUGGAGCUCCAGCUGUGUUCAUCCACAUGUUGACUUAUUUUGUGAGUAAAUUCAAUUAAACAUAAUUUAGGUUUUAUAUCAGUUAUUUAAUUCACCUCAUGAGGUUUUAAAUUGAAACUACACACAUUACAUUAAUAUAUAAUAGUAGUGUCUAUUUAUUCUUCUCAUCUAAUAUAGACUGUCAAAUUACACACAGUAUGAACAGAACGGCAGCUUUGUUAGAUUCGACUUUAAUAGACAAAUUAUUCCAAUAAAUCCAGCAAGUAUAAAAGACACUGUUACUGAAAAAAGAGAAAUUACAAAAUGAUAAAGUCCAUGUUUGAAAGGGUCAAAUAAUAAUAAAUAAUACAUUUAUAAUAAAAUUAUCAGUCAUUGAUUGUAGGAAAAAUACAGUAUUUGCCCAAAAUUAUAGUAAAACUAAUUUAUUUAAAAACAUAAUUAGAAAUGUUUAUGUUCACCUUAAUUGCACAUUAUAGUUUAUAGUAUAAUAUACAAAUACAAUAGGAAUCAGUCAUUUAAACUAGGAUCAAACAAAGUGUUCCUCCUGUUCAUUUGCAGAAUUGUCCGUUAAAUUUAACUGAAAUAAAAAAGUCAAACUCCUACAAGAAGCUCGCCAGGAACAGCUCUGUUGCUUUUCACCUGAAAGGCAAACAAGUCUAAAAUACAUUGUGUGUGUUUUCUGUUGAGGUGCCUGGUGGCUGUAAUUGGACUGUAAUUAACACUGUAAUUGACCCUUUUUGACUGAAGAAACAUUUUCCCUUAAAAAUAUAUAAAAAUAGACUCUUCUGUUGUUUUGUGAUCCUGUAGCUUGGACUUUAAGGUAGCAUGGCUCUGUUGCUGUAAUUUCAUUUUAUCUCAAACUGACAGCAGUUUACAGCUGAUGAAUGUUACACAUCUUAGUAGACUAGCUUAUCCAUUUGGGGAGAGGGGAGGGGUCUUGGUUUAAGAAAAAAAAUAAUCAAAAAAGAAAAAAAGUCAACCUGGAAGGUGUUGACAUUUGUAGUGUACUACCGUAUCCAUUUAAACUUGAAUCUUGAGGCAAGUGCUAGGCAAUGGCCAAACAAUUGAUCCCAUCCGUAGUGGGAAGCCACCCUGAAACCACACACACACACACACACACACACACACACGCACACGCACACGCACAGGCACACACGCGUGAGGUUUUUGUCGUCUUGGAUUCACGUCUGUCUUUGUGAAUAUGAACAACUGUCUCCCAGAAGCUGGGACAUCAGACCAAGACUGUUUCAGGCUCCGCUCCAUUUUAAUGAAUCAGACUGACUUUGAAGGCUCAUCGAUUGUUACAGAGUAUUUAUACAUGAGAGAGGCUCAUUCAUAGUGGUGCUAAUGGUUUUAAACCAGACAAUGUGCCCUUAUCUCUGAGAGAUACUGUCACAGUGACCACAGUGACUCACUAACGCCACCAUCUCUAACAAAGAUCUGUUCAUGUCCACAAAUGUAGACUGAGCUCUUCAAGGUGACAGAAACUCGUUCAGCUGUUGUUUCAGGGUGAAGUUCCCCUCAGUCCAAACCAUUGCCAUCUCACCCAUGCUCAUUACAAAUAUAUACAUACAAUUGCAAUAUAUAUGUGUAUAGAUGAAUAUAUAUCUGCAAUUUUUUAGUGGCUCAUUUGAACAAUAUUAGACUGGAGACCUCAGCUGUAUACAGAAUAUCCCUCACACAGCUACACCCAGGUUCAUAUAGUCAAAUGUCUUGAUUAUCUUGCUCACCGACACGAGAGUUCAGCCGUGGCGUGUUGUCGAGAGAGUAGAGUGGAGCCUGAUGGACGCAGUGUGAGGCUCUGCUGUCUCCAUGUUUCUGCAGGCUGAGCACAGAGCUCUCCGCACUGCUGUCUGCCCAUUCCUAACACUUGCCCCUUUUUUUAUGUUAACCGACUUUUUAUGGCGAGAGACAGACAGACUUGACUGACAUCUGAAAGCAUCUUUCAGGUUAUCAUAUGGCUUGCUUAAGCCCUGUUGUAAAAUAUACUAAAAAAAAAUAAUAAUGAUAAUAAUAAUAAUGGAUGGGGGUCUCUCACAUAUCAAAUGUGGAAAGUCUAAUUUUAUAUUUGUAUUUUCAAAUAAUAAUAUUGACAAAAAAAUGUCUGUGAAAGGUUUCCAUCCUCUACUGUGGUCCAGAAAUUGAUGUGUCUGUCUGGAAAAUAAAUAAAAUAAACUGAAUUGUUAUAUUA